UCCAUUUGGUACGUACCGUGCGUUUACAUCACGCCGUAAUUUGCAUCUUUCAUUUAUCUCUUGUGUUAUUCGCGGUGAAAAAUCAGAAGAGACGAGUCAAUUAAGAGACGCGUUAAUUAAAGAGCGACGAGACUGAGUCACAUUGGAUACAAAAUUGUACUUUUUCGAUCCUCUUUGAAGAAGCAACCUAACUCGCCGGAGAGAAUGGAGGGCACGGGGAUGAUUACCGAAGUUCCUGUACGUCAGGAAGGCAGGAAGCUGUGGCAGUAUCUUGCAACCAUUUCCGCUUGUUUGAUGGCGCUCGCCGUUGGCACCGCUUUAGCUUGGACAUCUCCCGUUCUACCCCAGCUAUACAAGGAGAGCUCCUGGCUAGUUAUCACCAAAGAACAGGGUUCCUGGGUGAGCUCGUUGCUGGCUUUGGGCGCGAUAUUGGGCGCUGUUCCAUCUGGACCGAUGGCCGACAAACUCGGCCGGAAGAAAACACUUCUUUUGCUGGCUGCUCCGUUUCUCCUGUCCUGGGUGAUCAUUAUAUUCGCCUACAAAUUAUGGCUGAUCUACCUAGCUAGAUUCAUAAUUGGUGCCGCUGUAGGAGCAGCCUGCGUCGUUGUACCAACUUACAUCUCCGAAAUUGCGGAGACUUCAACUCGGGGCUCUCUUGGUGCCAUGUUUCAAUUGUUUAUCACAGUUGGGAUCUUGCUGGCUUUUAUAUUCGGUACCGUAAUGAGCUACACGACGUUCGCUAUAGUCUGCGCCCUCAUAGAAGUCGGUUUCUUGGGCUCUUUUAUAUUUAUGCCGGAAUCGCCUAUUUGGCUAGUGAAUCAAGGACAGAAACCGGAAGCCACGAUAGCGAUGUCAGUCCUCCGAGGUGAUUCUUAUGAUCCAUCGGAGGAACUCGCGGAAGCACAACGAGAAGCCGAACAAGCAGCAUUGAGAAAGUCGACCGUAUUCGAUCUCGUACGAACCCCGGCAGCCAGGAAAGCUUUGCUUGCUUCGUUGGGCGGCAUGUUCUUUCAGCAAUUGUCCGGCAUAAAUGCGGUGAUCUUCUAUACUGUUACUAUAUUCCAGGCAUCCGGAAGCUCAAUGUCACCGGAUGUCGCUUCUAUAAUCGUGGCGAUUGUUCAGAUGAUUACGACAGUUAUAGCAGCAAUGAUCGUAGAUCGUGCUGGAAGGAAACCGCUACUAAUAUUUUCCUCGAGUGUCAUGCUGAUCAGUCUCGUAGCUCUCGGUUUGUAUUUCAAUACUAAGAUGAGAGGAAGUGAUGUCAGUAAUCUCGGCUGGCUACCACUCACAUCUCUAACGUUAUUCAUGAUUUCUUUUUCCGUUGGAAUGGGCCCAAUACCAUGGAUGCUGAUGGGUGAAUUGUUUCCCGCGGAGACUAAGGCGGUAGCUUCCGGUAUUGCCGUGAUGCUGAACUGGUUCUUAGUGUUCUUAGUAACGAAGACCUUCCCCGCGAUGAACGAAGGCUUGGGCGCGGACGUUACUUUUUGGAUCUUUGCUGCAAUCAUGGCGCUCGGCACUGCAUUUACGUACUUUUACGUACCGGAAACCAAAGGAAAAACCUCCCAGGAGAUUCAGGAGGAAUUGCAGGGCAACGUAUCGAAGAGGACAAAUGCUUAAAUGACGCUUGUAUUAAUGAAAUUUUGACUUGCUUGUAGCGUGACAUAUGGACAAACAAUAAAAAAAAUUUUUUGUUAGCGAUACAUUAGGAAAAGAACUGCCUAAAAAGAAUAUAAACUGCCGAAAAUUGAAAAGAAAAUUAAAUCUAACGAAUGACUUAUUAUUCUCUCUUAUUCUCGUUUGUAAAUUUUCUUAUGUUUUUGAACAUGUUGUUAUUAUUCUUCUGUAAUAUAUAAUUUUUAUUCACCUAAAUUUAUCGAUGUGUAUACAACACAUGAGAUUUUUAUCAGUUGUGUACAUUUUAAAAUUAUUUUGUAAACAUAUGUGUAUUAUCGUACGAGAAAAUAAUAAGAAAUAAUAUUUCAAUUUUAAAUACUAUCUCAUCACUUUAUUUUAUAAUUAAUACUAAAUGUUUCAUUUCAUAAUUAAUACUAAAUGUAUGAUUAAUCAUCUUUGUGACAUUCCACUCAUGCAUAAGAAAAUAUAUGCAUUUAGUCAUGCAAUUUUUUACAUUAUAGCCAGAAAUAGAAUUAAUUGCGAUAAUAAUAGAUAUAUAUUUAAAACAAAUUUUUAGUUUAUUAUAAAUGUUGAAAAAUAUUUUGAAAAUAAGAAUAGCUAUUAAUAUAUUAUUAUAAACUCCGUGAUACAUUACUUUAAGUUAAUAUAAAGACACGAAUAUAAUAUAUUAUAUAUUCAAGUUCAGGUAAGAAUUCAAGAAUAUAUAAAUCAAAUUUUACACAAAAGAUGAUUUGACCAAUAAAUAAAUUUUUUAAU